UACGUUUGGUUUUUUUUCACGGCCUGUCUAUAAUAUAUCUGGAUUAUGCAUAAAAUAAACAUAAAUUUGCGCUAGUAAGAUCGCGUGUUUCUACAAAACAGAGGAUUGAAAAUAACGACAAUUAUCACAUCAGAUCGUUUUAAAUAAACUAUCCUGAUUUUCUUUAAAUUCAGAAAACAUAUUAUUUUAAAUAUAUGGAAGUGUAAAUGCUUGGAAACAAAUGGUACGAAAUUAAACGUUUAAAAGGCACAAUAACAAACAGAAUAUUAAUGAGCAAUAUGACAGAUCAGACAUUUCUUUGAUAAGUGAAAAGUGUUGAAUAAUGUUGGACUUAAUAUCAUCUAUAACUGUUCAUUUUACUUUCUAAAAUUGAUUAAUCAUUGCCAAUCCGAUCACCGAAUGUAAGUGAUCUUGCGGGGAUAAGUAUCUGUCUAUCACUAUAGUACGGGAACUUUACAAGUUAAAAUAAUUGCUACAAAGCAAGGGUCUGGCGAUCGUAAUGACAUUACUUUAUACAAAACAAACAUAAUUAUCAAAAUAUUUUAAACACAAGAAUGUUGUUAUAGCCGAAUAUCAUGAUGAGCAAGUUAAACUGACUCUAUAUAAUUAACAAUGUUUAUUGAAAUUGCAAAAAUUGAAAGUUUUACAAAUUCUGAAACUAACAAAUGACAUUUUAAUGUGUAAAAAUAUUAUCCUAUAUUUUUAUAAAAUGAUAAUUAUAAGUAAGGAAUUAUGAAAAAAUUAGUUUCUCAGUUGUCACAAAUUUAUGAUUAUUUAAUACAUCAUGUAACUUUUAAUUAAAACAGAAUAUUUUGGUUCGUUUCAUGUUAUUUUGCCAUGACUGAGGGCGCAAUAAUUUUCGCAUUUUGCAUAAUGACCAGUGGAUGAGUGCACAAAGACGUAAACAAGUGCUCAGAGGCUUUCAAGAUGGCUGCUGAUGAUUGUGUACCUGAAUGCGUAUAUGAAGCGCUGAGAUUUGAAGAAGAAAAUAGGGUGAUACAAGAAAAUAGUUAUCCUUUGUUCGACUGCCUUGCACGGACUAUCAGAUCAGUUUUAGAUAUCAAAAGUCGAUACAAAUGCAAAAACGGCGAUGAUAAUGAUAGCGCGAGUCAAGUAAACACGAUGGAAAUGUAUACGUCCUCAGACUACCUACAUGAAAAGGUUGUAGAUCUACUCUUGACGCAUGCGGCACAGAUUAAGCCUGUCUUGUCAUUACUUUGUGACAACGUUCCUACGGCAGCAAUGCAGAACGAUCAAGAAAUGAGCAAAGAGCAAGAAAAACAUUUGGAGACUUUUUAUCAAACUGUGAUUACGGACUGUUUAAUCGGAACAUAUGAUUCUUUUCCCAUGCUUUGUCUCUAUGCUGCGGCAACUUGCUUACAAACACCUAUUUAUAUCCUUUGCGAAAACCAGAUAGGUAAAAUGCAAUGGGCUUACUAUCAGCCUUUAUUACAAUGUGACGGUCAACCAGAUGGAUUCAAGUAUUUGACAAUGUUCAUGUCAUCACAAAAGAAGUUCCAUGCGAUAGUAUCAAACGAUGGGAAAGCGGGCAUACCAAUUGCUAAAGGACUGAUUGGCAUGUAUUGCUCCAUACUUGAAGACACGUUAGUAACAAGCAUCAUGGUACCAGAUGAGUUACAGAACUUACCGAUAGCAGACAAAAUUAAGAUGUGUGAACAACUUGAUCAUGAAAUAUUUCAGCAAUGCUGUGCUUUGUUUUCUAAAGAAAACGUUGUUCAGAAAGAAGACUACGACAGAAUGACAGCACAUCGAGCUGACAGGUCAGAGUUUACCCGAUUUGUCGAAAACUCACCGGAUGCCUUCAAAAUUGUCUGUCAGGUUUUAAUUAAACUUCGUAAAGGGACAUUCUUAGAACCGUACAUAAGGAAAUGGAAUGAAUUCGGAUAUCUAUCAACAGAUGAAACAACUUUGUUGAGAAAUAUGGCGACUAACUUUGACAUGUCAGGUCGUGAUUAUAUGGAGCUUGAAAGAGUUAAACAAACACUCAUUUGCGAAAAUCAAAGUAGAAUUGUUAAAAGCAAUGGUUUGUCUAUGUUUGAGUGUAUUGCAGAUGGUGUCAAAUCGGCUUUGAAAGCCCAAGGUCAAAACGGAUGCAAAGCUGUCAAUGUAAAUGGCAGAACAAUAAAUGUGAAUACUUUACAAAAAUGCACUGACAAAAACUACCUUCAUAAGGCAGUUAUAGAUAUACUGUCUAAGUAUGCGGAACAGUUUAUCCCCCACUUGCCAUUACUUUGUGGAAAUAUUCCAAAAGCAGCUAAGGCAACUGGACAGAAAAGAAACAAAGACCAAACAAAGGUUUUGAAGAAAUUCUAUAAGAGUGUGGUAAAUGAUUGUAACGACAUUAAAACAUGCCAGUCAUAUGCUGAUCUAUGUAUUUAUGCUGUAGCGACUAGCAUACAUACACCUAUAUAUAUCCUUAGCAAAAACCAGAAUGGAAAAAUGCAAUGGGUUUACUAUCAGCCGUUAUUCGAAAGAGAUGGUCCAAUAGGCUUCAAGUACUUGACAAUGUUCGUGUCAUGCCAUGGGAAGUUCCAUACAAUAGUGUCAGACAAUGGAAACGCAGAAAUACCAUCUGCUACAGGACUGGUUGAAACGCCAGAGACAAACACCAGAAUGUUAAAUGUGUUAGAAAACUUGCCAGCGGUUGACAAACAUAACCUGUAUACAGAGCUAAAACAUGAGGUAGUUUUGGAAUGCUGUCGAUUGUUUAGAAAUGAGAAACUUAUUGAGAAAGAAGAAUACGACAGAAUAACUGCAAAUCGAGCAGACAGGUCAGAGUUUAUACGGAUCGUGGAAAAGUCAGAGGCUGCAUUCAGUAUUGUCUGUCAGGUAAAAUUAUAUGUUCAUCAAUAUAUUUUGUUACCUGUAAUACCUUUCUCUAAGCACAUAGUUCUCAGAAGUUAGUUCUUGCUAUCACCAUGCGUCCAGCGUGCGUCAAUAAGGUAUCAAAGAAUGUCUUAUCAUACUCUACCGGGACUAAAUGUAUGUUUCUAAUAAAAUUCUUUAUCGAUAGGACAGCGUGCUUGACUA